AUGCAUGGCCCGCCACUACCUCAGGCAGGUGGCAUCCGGGACCCCUUUGCCUGGAAGGAGGCCUUGACGCCAACUCCAGGGUCUCUGGCCAACUCUAGGGCCGGAUCGGUGGCAGGCUCGAACGCCAGCACUCCGCGGAAUCCCCCGACGCCGCCCUUGUCACCAGCACCAGGGCCAGGGUCAGUGGGAUCGGCACGAAGCUCGAGGAGCAAUCUCUCUGGAAGGAGCGUGGGCUCCGGGCGCUAUACCCCUACGCCCGCAGAGGCCUUCGUUUGUGGCGCCGGGCCUUACCCGGACCUCAGUGCCAGGACGUCCAACUUUUACAGCCCGGAGCAUUCCGUGCGCUCAUCGGAAUUUGGAUCACUCUACGACUCGAGUUCCGUGGGUUCAGCGCGCCUCGCGGAGCUGGGCAACUAUGAAGGUUUGACCUUCAGCCAGCCGCUGGAGAAGCGCGAGGGCCUUGGGCGGAAGCAGAAGGCGGUGAUGGCCGCGGCCUUCGAUGCGUAUGUGCAAACACAGCCGAAGCCGCCGCCACCGCCACCAUUGCCACCAGGCCCAGCAGAGGAGGAAGAAGCUUCACUAGAUCCGCGGCAAGUCUACAGCGCCGCGCGGCAUGGAAGGCAUAAGGAGGUGGAAGCCGCCCUUGAAGCUGGCUUCAACCCGGACUACACCGACUCCUUUGGAAAUUCGCUCUUCCACGUGGCGUGCCAGAACGGCAACAAGCGCAUCGCCAAGCUCGCCAUUAAGUAUGGCGGCGACAUGGAUGGGCAAAACCUCAAAGGCAACACUGGCCUUCACUUCCUCUUCGCCUAUGGCUACGCCGAUCUUGGGGAGUACUUCAUCUCCAAGGGGGCAGACCACACCAUCGCCAAUGAAAUGGGCAAGACUGCUCGCGAGGGUAUCCGCUGA